AGUGCAUAGGAAGUGGAGAAAGAAAGAAAGCAGAAGGUCUCUUUUAGUCGCUGGCUCCUCAUUAUUUCUCACGAUUUCCUCUAAUUUUCUCGCCAGAUUUUCUCGUCAGAUUUUCUCGGAAUCCAAACACAAACGCUGUUCAACUUCUUCUUCUUCUUCUUCUUCUUCUUCUUCACUCCUCACCCGUGAGAUCCGAGGGCCCCUCACUCUCUCACGUGUUGUUGUUGUUGUCGUCGUCUUCAUCCUUUGCCAGUGAAUAUAGCUUGCUGAAUCUGUUGCAAAUGAAAGGAUGUGCUGUGAGUUUGAGCGGUUAAAUCCUGCACCGUCUCUGUCGUUAUCUCCUACUUUGACACGCGCCGUUGCAUCGAGAAACUACGUGAUGAAUCACUUUACUGUUGACACUGGAGAUUCUCUCGCGAGCCUGCUUGAGCUUGCAGCCAAUAAUGAUGUUGAAGGUUUCAAAAGAUUGAUCGAGUGUGAUCCUUCCUCUGUGGAUGAGGUUGGGUUGUGGUAUGGUCGUAGGAAGGGAUCAAAGCAGAUGGUCAAUGAGCAAAGAACACCUUUGAUGGUUGCUGCUACCUAUGGUAGCAUUGAUAUCAUGAAACUGAUUCUUGCUGUAUCUGAUGUUGACAUCAACCGACCGUGUGGUCUUGACAAGAGCACUGCCCUUCAUUGUGCGGCAUCAGGUGGGGCUGAAAACGCGGUUGAAGCUGUGAGACUGCUUCUGGCUGCAGGGGCUGAUCCGAAUUCUGUGGAUGCCAAUGGGCAUAAACCUGUAGAUGUUAUUGUUUUCCCUCCCAAGCUUGAACAUGUCAAAAACAGUCUUGAAGAGCUUCUUCAAGCUGAUGAUUCUGAUGCUGGAGGGUGUAAUCUUAGGGUGAUCACAACCUCAUUGAAUGCAUAUUCACUUCCUUUAUCAACUUCACCUGAGAACGGGUCUCCUUCCGCACUGGAUCUCCAGUUGAAGUCAAAGUCAAGUGAUGUCCCUGCUUUUUCUGUAUCUGAGAAGAAAGAAUAUCCUGUUGAUCCAUCCCUUCCAGACAUCAAGAACAGCAUAUAUUCAACUGAUGAAUUCCGGAUGUAUUCUUUCAAGGUUCGGCCUUGCUCCCGUGCUUAUUCACAUGAUUGGACAGAGUGCCCUUUUGUUCAUCCAGGGGAGAAUGCUCGUAGAAGGGACCCCAGAAAGUACCAUUACAGCUGUGUCCCUUGUCCUGAUUUUCGUAAGGGUGCUUGCCGGCGAGGAGAUAUGUGUGAAUAUGCUCAUGGGGUAUUUGAGUGCUGGCUGCAUCCAGCACAGUAUCGAACUCGUCUCUGCAAGGAUGGGACAAAUUGCUCCAGAAGAAUUUGCUUCUUUGCUCAUACUGCUGAAGAGCUUAGACCAUUAUAUGUUUCAACUGGUUCUGCUGUUCCCUCUCCUCGAGCAAACGCAUCUUCUGCCAUGGAUUUUGCUGCAGCCAUGAGCAUGUUGCCUGGCUCCCCUUCGUCGAUGUCUGUGAUGUCUCCUUCAGCAUUCACUCCUCCUAUGUCACCUUCUGCCAACGGCAUUUCACACUCUUCUGUUGCUUGGCCUCAGCCAAACAUCCCUGCAUUGCAUCUUCCAGGAAGUAAUCUUCAGUCCAGUCGUCUGAGAUCUUCACUCCAUGCUAGAGAUAUUCCUUUUGAUGAUUUUGACAUGUUAUCUGAUUAUGAUCAACAACAGCUGCUUAAUGAGUUAGCAUGCCUCUCUCCCCGGCCUAUGAAUUCUAACCCUCUAAAUCGCUCCGGACGGAUGAAACCCCUGACUCCUUCUAAUCUUGAUGAGCUCUUUUCUGCUGAGAGUUCUUCUCCUCGAUAUGCUGAUCCAACACUGAAUUCAGCUGUCUUUUCUCCAACUCACAAAUCAGCUGUCUUUAAUCAGUUUCAGCAGCAGCAAAGCAUGUUGUCACCUGUGAAUACAAAUUUUUCUCCCAAAAAUGCUGAGCAUCCUUUUCUGCAGGCUUCUUUUGGGGUUCAGACGCCAGGCAGAAUGUCUCCAAGGAAUGUCGAACCUAUUUCUCCAAUGAGCUCUAGGAUUUCUAUGCUAGCUCAACAUGAGAAACAACACCAGUUUCGUAGCCUAAGCUUCCGGGAACUUGGCUCCAACUCUGCUGCUGCAGCUGCUGCGGCCUCAGCCAAUUCUUGGUCAAAAUGGGACUCCCCCAAUGGUAAGCUGGAUUGGGCAGUCAGUGCAGAUGAAUUAGGUAAGCUUCGGAGAUCAUCUUCGUUUGAGCUUGGGAACAAUGGCGAGGAGCCUGAUUUAUCAUGGGUGCAGUCACUUGUUAAAGAAUCUCCAAAUGAGACUAAAGAGAAAUCGUCAACUGCUGUCUCAAGUGUUGCAGCUGCUGGAUCCUCCGCUGAGGGAUCAAAUAUGAACACCCAAAUGGAGUCCGUUGAUCAUGCUGUACUGGGAACAUGGCUUGAACAGAUGCAGCUUGAUCAUCUUGUGGCUCAGCAAAACUGAAAGGAGUUUGGCUGAUCCUGAGGUAGUUAACAACAAAAUGGAUUCAGUAAAUACUAUAUUUAUAUAUGCUUUUUUAAAGUUUUUUGUUGAUGGAAGAAGAUUACAGUAACUAAGAAAGGAAGCAGAAAGAAAAAGAGCGAGGGGGCGAAAUUCAUUUUCAAGUUUAGUAUUACAAAGAAGUAACUUAGAAGGGUCAGAAAACCACUAGGUUGGCAUUGAAACAAUUGAUGCCAGUGCAGGGUUUUUUUGGCUGCCAAUCUUUUCAAUUCUUAGGUUCACAUUGCUGUCAUUUUUUGCUUCCAGGAGGAGCAAAUGUUCUAUCAAAAUGAAGUCCUAUUCCUAGGUUUUACCUAUCUUAUUUUUAUUUGUUUUUAUUUUGGGUAGAAAAGGAAGUUACAAAAGGGUCAUUGGAGUUGAUUUCCCUGAGUCUCCAUUUUGGUUCAGUUUUGGGGAUGGAAAUACAAUGUAUUGGCCUUGAUAUUUCUCAUGUAAUUUGGAAUCAAUAAUUGUAGCUAAGAUGCCAGGGAGUGGGAAAAUUAGGGAUAUUUGAAGAUUUCCUUUGGGCAUGUAACAUUCAAUUGAAGUUUAUUGAUAUAUUAUUUUUGAUAUAUUAUUUUAAUACCUUUGUUUCUA